CCUCAUCCAUAUUCCAUACUACCUCUGCUCUUCCUCUUCCUAUAUAUUCUUAUUUACGAAUUUUAUUUUCUAUUAAACUAUCUUUCACAACUGUCUUUCAAAAUUAUUUUCUUUUCUUUUUUCCUCUUUUCCUGUCUCUAAUCUUUUAUAAUUUACCGUUAAGUCUGUAUUUUUAUGCGUGUAUAUAUAAGUAUAAUUUAUGUUGAUUGAAACUCUGCAUUGGCAUAUAGGCUCACGCACCUGCAUUAACCAUUUAGAUCGCCUACAAUCUUGCAGUUCAUGAUCAUGUGAAGCGUUGCCAAAACCAAAAGAAACAAGAAGAAAAAAAAGAAAAAUUUGAGUUGACCCGAAAUUAUAAAGUCUACAAUUAGCAAGAACUCUGCUGUCUCUGUAACUCUGUUCUGGAUUUGGUUCUAUUCGGCUGGUAUAUUGGAAGUUGGUUCUUUUUAACUUAUUGGUCAUUGGUCUUUACUUGAAGACAGAAUUUUCUGGCAUAAAAUUUCCUGCUUUUUGGGAAGUAAAAUUAAUUCCAGUUGGUGAGAUUUUAUGCGUUUAAGCAAUUUGGAAACACAACUAUUAAUUGCUUAAAAUGUCUGGAGGUAGAAGAAAGAAACAACAUUUUAGCAGAAUACAUGCUUUCUCAUGUGGAAAGGCAUCUUUUAAAGGAGACCAUUCACUGAUUGGGGGCCCUGGCUUUUCAAGGGUAAUCCACUGCAAUGAUCCUGAAAGCUUUGAGGCUGGGGUUCAAAAUUAUGGCAAGAAUUAUGUUAGAACUACUAAGUAUACUCUUGCAACCUUUUUCCCCAAGUCAUUAUUUGAGCAGUUCAGGCGGGUUGCCAAUUUUUAUUUCCUCAUCUGUGCCAUACUGUCUUUCACUCCACUGUCGCCUUACACGGCAGUUAGUAAUGUUAUUCCUCUUGUUGUCGUUAUUGGAGCUACAAUGGGAAAAGAGGUGAUUGAAGACUGGAGAAGGAAAAAGCAGGAUAUUGAAGUGAACAAUCGUAAGGUAAAAGUGCAUUCUGGGGAUGGUGUUUUCCAUCAUACCAAAUGGAUGGAUUUGAAAGUAGGGGACAUAGUAAAAGUAGAAAAGGAUGAGUUUUUCCCUGCUGAUCUUAUCUUACUCUCAUCAAGUUAUGAGGAAGCAAUUUGCUAUGUUGAGACAAUGAAUCUUGAUGGGGAAACCAAUUUGAAACUCAAACAAGCACUAGAAGCAACUUCUAAUCUUCAUGAGGACUCUAGUUUUCAAGAUUUCAAGGCUUUAAUAAGAUGUGAAGAUCCAAAUGCGAAUUUGUACUCUUUCAUAGGGAAUUUAGAGCUUGGGGAGCAACAACAUCCUCUUUCACCUCAGCAGCUUCUACUUAGAGACUCAAAGUUACGAAACACUGAUUAUAUUUAUGGGGUAGUUAUUUUCACGGGUCAUGACACCAAGGUUAUGCAGAAUUCAACAGAACCCCCUUCCAAGAGAAGCAAAAUUGAGAGGAGGACAGAUAAGAUUGUCUACCUCUUGUUCCUGUUGUUGGUGGUACUGUCUAUUAUUGGGUCAAUUUUCUUUGGAAUUGCAACAAGGGAUGAUCUUGAGGAUGGGAAAAUGAAAAGAUGGUAUCUCCGACCAGACGAUACUACAGUUUAUUAUGACCCAAAGAGAGCACCAGCUGCAGCUAUUUUGAAUUUUUUGACUGCCCUAAUGUUGUAUAGUUAUUUGAUUCCCAUUUCCUUGUAUGUAUCCAUAGAAAUUGUCAAAGUUCUUCAGAGUGUUUUCAUCAACCAAGAUCUUCAUAUGUACUAUGAGGAAGCUGAUAAGCCAGCACGAGCACGGACCUCAAAUUUGAAUGAAGAACUUGGCCAAGUUGACACUAUUCUUUCUGAUAAAACAGGAACCUUGACUUGCAACUCAAUGGAAUUUAUCAAGUGUUCUGUGGCUGGGACCUCCUAUGGCCGUGGAGUGACUGAAGUUGAGAGGGCUGUGGCUAAGAGAAAGGGUUCACCUUUACCUCAAGAGGUGAUAGAAGAAGAUGCUAUUGUUCAGGAACAAACUGAACAAAAACCAUCCGUUAAAGGUUUCAAUUUUGUGGAUGAAAGAAUUACUGAUGGUCAAUGGGUGAACGAGCCUCGUGCAGAUGUAAUCCAAAGGUUUCUAAGGUUACUGGCUCUCUGCCACACUGCAAUACCAGAAAUCGAUGAAGAAACUGGAAUAAUAACAUAUGAAGCUGAAUCACCUGAUGAGGCAGCUUUUGUGAUUGCUGCAAGAGAACUUGGAUUUGAAUUUUAUGAAAAGACACAAACAAGCAUCUCGCUGAAAGAGUUAGAUCCAUUAGCUGGCAGGAAAUCUGAAAGACAUUAUCAACUUUUGCAUGUUAUCGAGUUUACUAGCUCUAGAAAGCGGAUGUCUGUGAUUGUAAGGGAUGAAGAGGGAAAGCUGCUACUGCUUUGUAAAGGUGCUGACAGCGUCAUGUUUGAAAGACUUGCAAAGAAUGGAAGAGAGUUUGAAGAGCAGACCAAAGAUCACAUUAGUGAGUAUGCUGAUGCUGGUUUGAGGACUUUGGUACUUGCAUAUCGCGAACUUGAUGAGGAAGAAUACAGUGAGUUCAAGCAAGAAUUUACUGAGGCCAAGAGCUCAGUAAGUGCAGAUCGCGAGGAAAUGGUUGAGGAAGUGGCAGCCAAAAUCGAGACUGAUUUGAUUCUUCUUGGUGCUACGGCAGUUGAAGACAAACUUCAAAAUGGGGUUCCUGAAUGUAUUGACAAGCUUGCUCAAGCUGGAAUCAAAAUAUGGGUUUUGACUGGAGAUAAGAUGGAGACAGCAAUUAAUAUUGGUUUUGCCUGUAGUUUACUUAGGCAAGGAAUGAAACAAAUAAUAAUCAGCUCAGAGACCUCAGAAAAUAGAGCCCUACAGAAGAUGGAGGACAAGGAUGCAGCUGCUGCGGCUUCAAAGGCAAGUGUCCUCCAGCAGAUAACUGAGGGAAAGGCAUUGCUCGCUGCAUCAAGUGAAAGUCCCGAGGCAUUGGCUUUGAUCAUCGAUGGGAAUUCACUCGCUUAUGCUCUUCGGGAUGAUGUCAAGGACCAGUUUCUAGAGCUUGCCAUAGGAUGUGCAUCUGUCAUUUGCUGCCGCUCGUCUCCUAAACAGAAAGCUCUGGUUACCAGAUUAGUUAAAACAAAAACAGGCAGUACAACAUUAGCAAUUGGGGAUGGGGCAAAUGAUGUUGGAAUGCUCCAGGAAGCAGAUAUUGGUGUUGGUAUCAGUGGUGUUGAAGGAAUGCAGGCAGUCAUGUCAAGUGAUUUUGCAAUUGCACAAUUCCGAUAUUUGGAGCGCUUGCUACUCGUUCACGGGCAUUGGUGUUACCGAAGGAUCUCAUCAAUGAUAUGCUAUUUCUUUUACAAGAACAUUGCAUUUGGCUUCACUCUCUUCUUCUAUGAGGCAUAUGCAUCCUUCUCAGGCCAACCUGCAUACAAUGAUUGGUUUUUGUCUCUUUAUAACGUCUUCUUCACAUCACUUCCUGUGAUUGCCCUGGGAGUAUUCGACCAGGAUGUAUCUGCACGCUAUUGCCUGAAAUUUCCACUUUUAUAUCAAGAAGGGGUUCAAAAUGUCCUGUUUAGCUGGCUUCGAAUAUUUGGCUGGGCAUUUAAUGGCGUAUUAAGUGCUACCUUAAUCUUCUUCUUCUGCAUCUCUGCAAUGGAGCAUCAAGCCUUUCAAGAAAGUGGGAAAGUUGCUGGCUUAGAGAUCCUCGGCACCACUAUGUACACGUGCGUCGUGUGGGUGGUUAACUGCCAAAUGGCAUUAUCUAUCAGUUAUUUCACUUACAUACAGCAUAUCUUCAUUUGGGGUGGCAUCAUAUUCUGGUAUAUAUUUCUCUUGGCAUAUGGAGCAAUAGAUCCUAACAUAUCAACUACUGCAUACAAGGUUUUCAUCGAAGCCUGUGCACCGGCUCCAUCUUAUUGGCUUACCACACUCUUUGUUUUGAUUUCCACUCUCCUCCCAUAUUUCACUUACUCAGCCAUCCAGAUGCGAUUUUUCCCCUUAUACCAUCAAAUGAUACAAUGGAUAAGAAAUGAUGGUCAAACAGAAGACCCUGAGUACUGUCAUAUGGUGCGACAAAGAUCAUUACGGCCAACAACAGUAGGUUUUACAGCUCGUAUUGAAGCCGAAUCACAACGCGGGAGACCUUCUGGCCAUUGAUGAAGUACAUUGGAAAGUUCCUGUCAAAAGAUGCUUGUAGAUUUUGCUGCAAAGGAAAGCUUCUUCUAACUGUACAUAUGUGACACACAGAAUAGGUUUUUAGUAUUGCUGCUUUACACCAAAGACCUACAAGAUGACAUUCUUGAGUAACUUGAUACAGCCACUGCAGAAGAAUUUUCUUUUCUUUUCAUUUUUUUGUUUCAUAAUGUUCCAAAACCAUAAUUUUGACGCGUCGACAGCUUCCAGCCAAAUCAAAUUUUAUACUGGUAAUUCUAUUUUGUUCAGGAAAUGUACAAUAAUACACUUCCUAGUUUAGAAAUUCAUGUAUCCCAUAGGAAUAGUGGCAUUGCCUCUGUGCUAACUGUAUCUUAUCAAUAAUGAGCUCUCAAUUAGUAUUUAAGAAGAUUAGUUUAUCAUUUUUAUCAUAUGUUUGUUUAAUAAUACACUUCUUGAAAUGUUGUUUUGAUACCAUUUUAAA